UGACUUUUGAAUCGAUGGUAAAUUCUUAAUCUUCUGUACCUUGGCUGUGUGUCCAGCGGACAGUAUAAAUGUAACGAACUCCAUGGUGAAAUUUAAAAACCUGUUCAAAGUGGUAGUCGACAUGGAAUCUUCAAUUAAUGCGCUCCAAUUCAACAGUGCCUUUCAAAUGUUUCUGAAAACGCUUGUAUUAACACAUCUUUCUGGUCAUUAUAGUGUGUGCGUAAUACGUGGAGCUCAGGAUGACGUUCGAUUGGAAUUUCCAAGGCCCAGCGUAAUGGUUGCCUUGGGAGCAGUUGAUUCCUCCCAUACCUUUGAAGAUAUCCUGGUGAGUUCGAUUAAUGCAGGAUGCGAAGGAUUUCUGGUCCUGGAGGAUGCAUUGUUUCCGUUCUUGGACAACUAUCGUUCCGCACACGAAGCUGCAUACGUUCGUGCUUCCAACAAACGUAUCGUGGCUGUUACGCGUCUGGAUGCAUCGGAAAGAGAACAAUUACUACAACACGAUACCAUGGAAGUUACACCUAAUAUCCUCCUAGUGAAUCCGAAAAUGGUUUCUGGAACGGUUGGUCUCUAUACGACCAUACUGUCACCUGCAGAACCAAGAGGAAUAUUAGUCAACUUGACGUUAAUUGAUGAAAUCCCGGUAAAGCUGGACACGGAAUUGUUGUUGCCGGCAUCUGUGUCCGAAUUUCCCGAUAAACUGAGCAAUAUGCAGGGCAGGCGUGUACGAUUGUCCACCUUACCGUAUCCACCAUGUGCUGUGGCGAAUGAAGUGCCAUUAGGACAAGGAAAUGCUCGCAGCACGGUUCCAGCAAAUUACUCGUUACAGGCCGAUGGAACAGAAAUAUUGAUGAUUCUGGAGCUUUGUCGCCGACACAAUUGUACGCUGGAAAUUGAACUGGUUGCUAACUCGGAAUGGGGCGAGGUGUAUCCGAAUGGUUCAUCCGAUGGUUUAAUAGGAUCUUUAAUCGAUCGUCGAUCCGAUGUUGCUGUGGCAGCUAUCUAUCGUUGGUACAAUUGGUAUAAAUACGUGACGAUGUCUGCGUACACUGGUAGAUCGGGCAUAUCCUGUCUGGUACCACGGCCACGUCUUUUACCAUUUUGGCAGACGCCCUUUCUGUCUUUCCCCGCGAGUCUAUGGCUGAUGGUCUGUGUGUAUUUUUGUAUCGGGACAGUGGCUGUUUUCAUAACCGAACGAGCCCGGCAAUAUGUGCGUUCUUCACGCCGGUCGCUCGGAGAACGGUAUAAGCUGCUUGAUGCCAUAUUCUUCAUGCUUAGCUUGUACGUUGAACAGUCGGUUCCAUUGCCGAAUGACAUGAUGGCCGGGUCGAUUCUGCUUUCCUUUCUGCUCUUCGGUGGUUUUAUGGUUGGCAACAGCUACGCCGGUGCGCUCGCAAGCGUAAUGACCAUACCACGGUACGAAAAGUCCAUUGACACUCGGGCCGAUUUUGCAGCUAGCGGUAUGAAAUGGUCCGGCCCAACGAUUGCAUGGAUGAAUUCGUUACUAAUGGCGGAACAGCCGGAGCUUGUAACGAUACGAAACAGCUACGAGGUACACGGCGGUGAUACGCUGGCUCGAUUUUCUCACACACGGCGCGAUAUGGGCUAUGUGCAUGAGCGGCUCCAGUAUGGAAGCUAUGCACUCGAGUCCUUCAUCGACAUUAAUGCCACUCGAUUGUUGCAGCCACUGAAGGAAGAUGUGUUCUGGGAACAGAUCAUAACGGCUUGCAGCAAAACUUGGCCAUUGAUGGGAUUUUACGAUGAUUUAAUAUUGCGUGUACAGCAGAAUGGCAUUUUACGAUACUGGGAGCUAGGGAGCGUCAUCCGCAAUAUGGGUCUGGAAAUUCAACGCAACCUUGCGAAUGCACGUGUGCAUGAUGCUGAUCAUGAACCGGUUAAGCUGUUGAUAGCACAUUUUCUCGGCGUAUUUUUUAUCCUUUUUGUGGGACUAACUCUUGCCACUUUGGUCUUCAUUGUUGAACUUUUGGUUUAUCGUGCUAACGCGGAUCUUGUUGGUAAAGUUGAAACCUAAAAAAAGGAAAGAAACGUAUUAGGUAUCGUUUUUAUUAUUUAAAUUAAUAAUUCUGUGCUCGAAUUGAAACG